AUGUUGAACUGAGGCCGACUUUUGCCAUGAAUGUGGGGUUCAGGCUACGAGGCCGUGUUGGGUAUAAGCAUGUGCUGGAUGUAUGCUACUAUCCAAAUCCAACGCGUCAUCGAUUCCCCGGUAUUCAUUAUCGGAAUUCGGUCAUCAGCUGGCUGGCGUAAGACCUUCACCUGAUUACCACGAUCGCAAAUCUCAAAACCAGUCCAACAAACCAAGCCAAAGGACAACCUGUCAUAUUCGAAAAACCACCAGACAUGGACGCACGAGCGAUUCAACGGAUGAUCCAAGGCGCCGGAGGAGGCAACCAAACCGCAGGCGUCGACCAGCCCUUGAAUGACACAUCAGAACAGGUCCACAUCUCGGCCCUUGCGUUAUUGAAGAUGCUGAAGCACGGUAGAGCCGGUGUACCUCUGGAAGUGAUGGGAUUGAUGUUGGGAGAAUUCGUCGACGAUUGGACAGUCAGAGUUGUCGAUGUAUUUGCUAUGCCCCAGAGCGGUACCGGUGUUAGUGUUGAAGCGGUCGACCCGGUCUUCCAAACAAAAAUGAUGGAUAUGCUGAAUGCCACCGGACGGCCGGAGAUGGUUGUGGGAUGGUACCAUUCUCACCCUGGAUUUGGAUGUUGGCUAUCCAGCGUUGACACAAACACACAACAAUCGUUCGAACAACUAACUCCUCGAGCUGUUGCAGUCGUUGUCGAUCCAAUCCAGUCUGUCAGAGGAAAAGUCGUAAUCGAUGCAUUCCGAUUGAUUACGCCCCAGACAAUCAUGAUGGGCCAAGAGCCCCGACAGAGUACUUCAAACAUAGGUCAUUUGAACAAACCCUCGAUCCAGGCACUGAUUCAUGGACUAAAUAGACACUAUUAUUCGAUCGCAAUCAACUACCGAAAGACCGAAUUAGAGCAGGCAAUGUUACUAAACUUACACAAGAAGGAUUGGACCGAAGGACUGCGACUACAAGACUUUGAAGUCCACAGAGCUAAUAACGAAAAAACUGUCAAGCGUAUGUUGACAUUGGCCUCGUCUUACAACAAAUCUGUACAAGAGGAGUCGACGUUAACAGCCGCACAAUUGAAAACUCGGCACGUGGGUAAACAAGAUCCAAAGAGGCACUUGGAGGAAGAAGUCGAAGCUGCGAUGUCAGAUCAAAUCUCUCAAGCUCUUGGGACUAUGAUGAUGGCCUUGUCAGCAUGAGAGCUACCAACCCGAUCUACUUACUACUCAAGCGACUGGCUUACUUGUCCCAUCUCAGGGCCAUAAUGCACAAAUAAAACAUUAUUAAGAUUGUUUCCUUCCCCGCUUUUUUGUUUUCUAUGUUUUAAUCACUGAAGUUGUAAAACAAGAUAUUACACAUAGGAAGAUGCGUUGGAGGCAUUGGAACCUCAUUGCAUGAAAGUUGCCAGAGGAUCGUAUCAGACAUUUUGAGGAUGCAGUAGGUCUAGAUGGAUACUUGUAGUUAUGCUCUGAUACCAACUUCUUUUCUUUUGAGGCUGUUUAUGCACAUUAAGAACCUGUUCAUUUUCUUAGUCAGACCACUGUUUCAAAG